UAGAGCGCCAUGGGUCCGGUGGUUGAGCGGCCGGCCGAGGCGGGCACGAGCGGCGUCGCCGAGCUGGAGCGGCUGAAGCAGCGCGCGGCGGAGCGCAUCGACGAGGCGGCCGAGCGCCUGGGCGCGCUGAGCCGCGCCAUCUGGAGCGCGCCCGAGCUGGCCUACGAGGAGCAGCGCGCGCACGGCGAGCUCACGCGCUUCUUCGAGCGCGAACCUCCGGCGGGGUCGUGGGCUGUGCAGCCGCACUUCCGGCUCCCCACCGCCUUCCGUGCCGAGUGGGCGCCGCCGGAGGCCGCCCCGGGGCCCGGCGCGCUGCAGCUGGCCUUCCUGUGCGAGUACGACGCGCUGCCCGCCCUGGGCCACGCCUGCGGCCACAAUCUCAUCGCUGAGGUCGGGGUGGCUGCUGCUCUGGGCCUGCGGGCUGCCCUGGAGGGCGUCGCCGCGCCACCGCCUGUCAAGGUCAUUGUCUUGGGAACCCCUGCAGAAGAAGAAGGUGGUGGCAAGAUUGAUUUAAUUGAAGCAGGUGCUUUUAAAGAUCUCGAUGUUGUUUUUAUGGCUCAUCCAUCUCAAGAGGAUGCCACCUAUCUACUGGAUGUGGCCGAGCAUGACGUUACUGUGAAAUACUAUGGGAAGGCGUCUCACGCUGCUGCUUACCCUUGGGAGGGAGUGAAUGCCUUAGAUGCUGCAGUCCUUGCCUAUAACAAUCUCUCUGCAUUAAGACAACAGAUGAAACCGACCUGGAGACUUCAUGGUAUCAUAAAAAAUGGUGGCGUAAAGCCCAAUAUCAUCCCCUCUUACUCUGAAUUAAUUUAUUACUUCCGUGCACCCUCAAUGAAAGAGCUUCAGGUUCUGACUCGAAGGGCAGAAGAUUCCUUCCGAGCUGCUGCUUUGGCUACAGGCUGUACAGUGGAAAUUAAAAGUGAAGCACACGAUUAUUACAAUGUUCUUCCCAAUAAGACACUGUGCAGUGCAUAUAUGGAGAAUGGGAAGAAACUGGGAAUAGACUUCAUCUCAGAAGAUGCAAUAUUGAAUGGCCCUUCAGGCUCUACUGAUUUUGGAAAUGUCAGUUUUGUGGUUCCUGGGAUUCACCCAUAUUUUUACAUUGGGACCGAUGCCUUGAAUCAUACAGAACAGUACACGGAAGCUGCAGGAUCACAAGAAGCUCAGUUGUACACCUUGCGUACAGCCAAAGCCCUGGCCAUGACUGCACUGGAUGUCAUCUUUAAACCCGAGUUGCUGGAGGGAAUCAGAGAGGAGUUUAAAUUGAAGCUUCAAGAAGAACAGCUUUUAAACACACCAGCAUGAAGGAGUGCUUAGGGACUGCUCAGGAAGCACUAAGUUUGUUUGGUUGGUUGUUUUGCCUCUAAUACUUUUUCAGUGCAUCCUUGUUUCUCAGCUGUGGCAAGGACAGACUGUAGUGAAGGCCCCGAUGGAGUUUGUGAUUCUUCAGGCAGUGAUCUGUGAUGCCGUUUCUUAAACUAGAUGGCGUGUGAGGCUAUAACAUGGGCGUGUCUUUUGUAUAGUUUUAUAAAUCCCACAGGUCUCAACACUUAGCACUUGUGAACUGUGUUCAGAGAAGUGAUUAUCUUCUCAGCAGUUCAGAAUUGGGGGAGUUUAAGUCUAACUGUAUCUGGUUUGGUCUAGAGAAAAACUUAAACAUGUGCCUGUAGGACACACCUAGAACCUCCAGUACAAAGAAUUAUCUUUACUUUAACGUUGUUUUGAAAAAGAAAAUACUCUUUAUUUGCAUGGCAUAGGGGCAGUGUAACAGUCACAGGAGAAGUGACAGAAAAGCAGGGUGGCCCUUCUGAGGGUCGGCUGCCAUGUGGGAGAGGAGGUCAGACUGGAUGUGUACUGGUCUCCAGGGUCCUGCACUGUGCCCACCACCCAGCAGCCUCCUGCCCCACACAAGCCCCCUAAGCCCCUACUGGCCUCUUAGCCCCAUGCUGUGACUUAACUAAGUUUCUGGCCUUCUCUCUUGACUUUCUCUUUGCCUUCUCGCUUGCUUUCUGCCUUUGUGUCACCAGAACAUUCUGAGAAAGCCAGGAUUUUACCUGGAAAUUUGAGACAUUUCAGUAGUUGUCAGGAAAAUCACUGGCAAUAAUAAUCCUGGAAAAGAGGGAGAAAGUCACAUAAAACCACCAGUAUCUCAUGAUUCUUACUUGGGCAUAAAUUUCUCUGUUUCAGACAAGUGUUUCCUUCUGCUCCGCCCUCCUCCCUCUCUAGCUGCAGUCCUACUGCCCAUCAGGUACUGGGGCUGUAGGCAUGAGCAUGCACUCCUGCCGUUUAGAGUGAGCUUCUGCACAUGAUUAGCCAUGUAAACCACUGGUGAGACAAUGUGGGACCCAAAUAGAGCUAUAGAAUUCCUUUACGCAUCGCGUGCACUGCCACGUACACAAAGCUUGAAGGAUGUUCUCUCCAGUGCUUCUAGUGUGCCUGCGGUUUAACAGACGUUCAUAGAGGCCAGUUGCGCAGUUAUAUGCCUGGUCAUACCACUAAGAAAGGUUUGGAUUUUGAAGCAUUUUGGAUUUGAGGUCAGGUGUGUUCAACUUGUACCAUUACUAGUAAGUUGCUAUGUAUUCUAUGACUGUAGCUAAUAUUUAGCUUGCCUUAAAAUUUUUAAACUGAUUUUUAGUCUUAAUAAAUUCUCUUUAUUGAAUGAA